CUCCUUUGUGGGCCACACUUCAGCCUAAGUCUUGCCCUUUGGUCUACGAUCUCAGCAAGGGACCCCAAGGAAGUCUACUAUCAGGUGCUCAGGCGAGCCCCAGGUUCUACUUCUGGGGUAGAGGGUAGGCCACGAGAGUCUCUGUGGGCACUCAUCAUGGUGAGGAAUCUUGACAACCUGGACUUCCAUCUGCCUUCUCAUGCCCAAGACAUGCUGGACGGCCUUCAGCGUCUGCGUUCCCUGCCCAAGCUGGCUGAUGUCACACUCCUGGUUGGUAACCAGGAGCUUCCCUGCCACCGCAGCCUUCUGGCUCUGAGCAGCCCCUACUUCCACGCCAUGUUUGGCGGAGACUUCGCCGAGAGCUUUUCAGCCCGUGUGGAGCUGCGCGACGUAGAGCCGGUUGCGGUGGCACAGCUGGUGGACUUUGUGUACACAGGCCGGCUGACCAUCACCCAGAAUAACGUGGAGGUGCUGACCCGCACUGCCUCACGCCUUCACUUCCCCACUGUGCAGAAGGUCUGUGGCCGAUACCUCCAGCAGCAGUUAGACGCCACCAACUGCCUGGGCAUCUGCGAGUUUGGGGAGCAGCAGGGGCUGUUAGGCGUGGCGGCCAAAGCCUGGGCCUUCCUGCGGGAGAACUUCGAGGCGGUGGCCCAGGAGGAUGAGUUUUUGCAGCUGCCUAGAGACCGGCUGGCCACCUGUCUGGCCAGUGACCUGCUGCAGGUACAACCGGAGCAGAGUCGGCUCAAGGCCCUGCUGCGCUGGGUGCGCCAUGACCCCCAGGACCGGUCUGCCCAUCUGCCCGAGCUCCUUAGCCUGGUGCAUCUGGAUGCUGUCCCGAGGCCCUGCGUACAGCAGUUGCUGGCCACAGAGCCGCUGAUUCAGGAGUCAGAGGCAUGCCAGGAGGCCCUGUCCCAGGGCCACAGUGGGGAACUUCCUGGCCACCCACAGAAGAUGCAGGAGGUACUGGUGGUCGUAGGAGGGCGGGCACUGGAGGAGGACGAGGAGGGUGGUGAAGAACCUAGCCACCACACUGGGAACUUUGCCUUCUACAACACCAAGGCCAGGCAGUGGAUGGCACUCCCGGACUUCCCUGAUUACCACAAGUGGGGCUUCUCCCUGGCAGCACUCAACAGUGAUGUCUAUGUCACAGGUGGCUCACGGGGCACCAAAACAGACACCUGGUCAACCACCCAAGCCUGGUGCUUCCCGCUGAAGGAAGCUGUCUGGAAACCUGUGGCACCCAUGCUGAAGGCCCGCACGAACCACGCCAGUACAGCCCUGAAUGGAGAGAUCUAUGCUAUAGGUGGCACCGCCCUGGAUGCGGUAGAGGUGGAGCGGUAUGACCCCUACACGGACAGCUGGACUCCCGUCAGCCCAGCCCUCAAGUAUGUCAGCAACUUCUCUGCUGCCAGCUGCCAGGGCCGCCUCUACCUAGUGGGCUCCAGCGCCUGCAAGUACAACAGGCUGGCUCUCCAGUGCUACACCCCCGUGACAGAUGCAUGGAGUGUGAUCGCCUCGCCUUUCCUGCCCAAGUACCUGUCCUCUCCACGCUGCGCUGCCCUGAAUGGAGCCCUCUAUCUCAUUGGUGACAACACCAAGAAAGUCUACGUGUAUGACCCGGGGGCCAACCUGUGGCAGAAGGUGCAGUCUCAGCACAGCCUACAUGAGAACGGCGCCCUGGUCUCUCUGGGUGACGCGCUGUAUGUGACAGGCGGCCGCUGGCAGGGCAUGGACGGUGACUACCACGUGGAGAUGGAGGCCUAUGACACUGUGAGGGAUUCCUGGGCCCGCCACGGCUCCCUACCCCGUCUCUGGCUCUACCACGGGGCCUCUACCAUCUUUCUGGACAUCUCGAAGUGGACGCAGCCCUUCAGCCCCAGUGCCGGUCAGGAGCACUAGGGAGGGAGGAGCUCCUGGGUCAGUUCUACAUUGCUGUGCAGAAUGGCUCCUUUUGUGCUUGUCUUCCGUUCAUUGUGAGCUGCUGCCCCCUCCAGGGCUUGGGCUUGGCUCAAUAUCAGAUGUCACAGAUGUCACAGCUGAGGACACAGCUCUGGUCUCCGGUGCUACCAAACUUGGUGACCAGCGAUGAGAACGAGACCCUGACACUAACGUUUGGCAGGGGAGAGAGCUCUGAAGACCUCCGAGAAGGAAGCUGAGGGGUCCUGGACUACACUCGCCAGGCAAACAGGCUCCAAAGUGUCAGCUCUUCUUGCUCUACCCAUCCAUGGUUUUAGGGGGAAGCUGCACAAAUUAGGGGUUCAAUGGGGUACCUAGAACUCUGAGCCAGGACCUCAAGCUUGGGUGCUCACCGCAGCUCUUUGACCACGUCCACAGCUUCCUCUCUCCCCUCUUUCCUCAGAUUCCACAUUCACACACACACACACACACACACACACACACACACACACACCCCGCAUGGGGUGGCUAGAUAAAGGCCAGGUUCUCCCCAUCCCUGGCUUCUACAUGUUGGUACCAUGUUUACAGAUCUGCUUCUGGGAUGAAGGUAGCUCUGACACCAGAAGGCAGCCACUGAGGAGACACGAGGAUGUGAUACGGGGCAGGAGAGUAAGACAGUGGAGGAUCUCCUUAGAAAGUGGCUCUCAACCUUCCUAAUGCGGAGACCUUUUAAUACGUUCCGCAUGUUGUGCUGAUCCCCCUCCAACACACACACCAUAAAAUUGUUUUGUUGUUUCUUCAUAACUGUAAUUUUGCUACUGUUAUAAAUUAUAAUGUAAAUAGCUGAUAUGCGACCCCUCACCCUAGUCUUCAGGGACUUCUGGAGAUGGCCCCUGGCUGUGCCAGAAGUUUGCUCCUAGUGAUCUGCUGGGAUGGGUUGGGGCUAAUAUCUGAUGGGCUCGUCUGUUGGUCGGGAUGUGAUUUGGUCUGGCUGAGACUUUAGUCUUACUAAGGUUGUGUGUGGCUCAGUCUCCACAUAUUCUCUGUGUUUUUUUUCCUCCCUCCCAUCUUUACUCCCUUUGUUUCUUCUCCCUCUUCCUCUCCUCCAGAACGAAGCACUAGAUUUGUAACCAAACAAUAAAGGAC